AUGGUACGGUCGUCGCAUAAUAAAAUGCAAAAAGAUUCGAAAGAAGGAAUAGUCAUUGCUGGUGGCCCAGAUGCUUUAAUUGAAACGGAUUAUGCUGAAGGAUUGUUUGUGAAUCAUUUAGGUGAAAUUUUUGUAGCUGAUAAUGGUGAACGUAAAAUAACAUGUUGGUCACCAGAAUCAAAAAAUGUUGAUGUUAUUGUGGGUGGAAAUGGUAAAGGAUAUCAACCAAAUCAACUCAACUGA